AUGUAUCUCGGUAAAAAAAGAGCUACACGUUCAGUUCACAAUUAUACACAUACUGUUGUUGAUUGUCGACUUGACGUUUUUACGUUAUCGAUGGACUCGGAAGAUGAUUGUGCCCGUAAGUAACAUACAAAACAGAUGUCGUUAUAGGGUUUAAUGCAUUUCGGCUUUGAUUUCUUCUAAUAAAUUAAAACACUGCCUUUAAAAGUUAUUUAGUAUCUCAGGUCAACACAUACAUACGGACGAUAACCUAAUCUCGAUAGCGAGUUUCUAAAAAAAUAAGACAUUUAGAAAUCUAUGCUAAUAUAAUAUUACUUGGCCAAAUAAAUAAUCUACACAGUACAAAGAUCACUUGAUUAAAAAUUCAUAUCAUUAUGACAAUUAUACUCAUGAAAUAUAAUAUAUAUAUAUAUAUAUAUAUAUAUAUAUAUAUAUAUAUGUCAAUAAGUUGUGAACUUGGUGUUUGAACCUUUCAUCCAUGAAAAAACAAUGUCAGCAUCCUAAAAUUAUAAACUCAAAUUCAUUUAAGCUGAAUCCCAUUUUAAAUAUUCUUUGAAGUAGUUUCCCUUACUUUACCAAAGUGCCUAAAACUAAAGUAAUGUUAAGUAGUACUAGUAAAGUUCAAAUUCAAAUCAUGUGAGUGUGAGAAUGCUAAUUCAACUAAGUUAGGGCCUACAACUUCUUCUACUCAUAUUUUAGUCAGACUUACUCAUACUGAGACUCAGGGUCAUGAUAUCUUUGUUAGUAUUUCUGAAGUGUUUCAGAUACAAGUCUCUGCAAUCCUCCGAAGUCCGGUCCCAAAUUAUUUCCAAUGAUUGCUCCUUACUUAAAAGUCUUAGGUAUCAUUUUGUUUUAAAAUUCAUGUUUGUCGUAGUGGAUGAUGUUGGGUCAAGGUUGUUGACCGUCAAGAUCUAGAAACACUCGAGGGCAUUAUCACUAACCCUGUGUUACCAGGGACAGCUAUCGUCACGGACGCUUGGCGAGGAUAUCAAAAUGUCGGUCAGCUCAACAAUGGGAUUUAUGCUCAUGCUGUCAUCGUACACGUGCGUGAAUUAGUUGAUCUAGUAGACCAGGACAUUCACACAGAAACAAUAUAUUGAACCACUUUUGAUGCAAGCGAAACGUAAACGCCCCUAUCAGAUUGAUACUAGUUGCGGUCUGUUUGCCAGCUACUUGGGGGCCCUUCAUUGGCGCAGCAGUCAGAAGCAGAACGUUUUCGGCUGCUAUUUGCAAGAGCUAUGCGCCAAUUACAAUAUUUAGUAUUUACUGACUGCUUUGUAAAGUGACAGUUAUUUGCAAAAGCUAUGACUGACAUUUCUGCUGUUUCCUAACAAUAAACACUGUGACUGUGACAGUGUAUUGCAAUUUUCUUCACACAAAAUAAUUUGGGACCGGACUUCAGAGGAUCGCCCAAGUCUCUAUUAUUAUAUAGAGCUAGGUCUAGGAUACUAAAGUUAUAAUUUAUGCUCAAUAAAGUAUUUGAGAGAGUAGAGGGCUGUAGAGUGAAGUUAAAUUUAGGCCUACUUUAAGUAGUACUAUGUAUUAGUUUGUAAUAUUCUUAGCCCAGGCCUCCCUAGGUCUAAUUAAUUAAUAUUAUCAGGCCAUACAGCUGUUGAAGACUUUUUUUAGUCGAAACGUUCAUUGUUUAUUUUUUCUCCUGGUCUGCAUUAAUUGUUUGAUAUUGCUUCAACAUGAAAGCAGUCUUCUCCAUACUACAACAUAUAGAUAAUUCAUCUACAUUUUCAUAAUGAAUUUAUCAGGCGAUGAGCACAAUACCAUGAUAGACGAUGAUGGUGGUCAUGAUGCAUCAGGCUCCCAGCAAGAGGUACUCUUCUUUAAUGAGAUUUUAUUUGUUAAAUUUAAUUUAUAAAUACAAAUCUUGGUUGAAUCUGACCAUUUGGUAUUUAUAAAUUAGAUAAUUAUUCAUUUGAGACAAUUUGCCAUGUAGUUAUAUCUUUGUGAAAUUUUUCAACUGCUGAACGAUUUAAUUAAUUUCUAUUGUCUAUAGUAACUUACAUAAAUUUCUAAAAUAUAUGCAAAAUUAGAUGUUAGCCAUAUUCUGAACAUGUUAUGUGCCUUAUAAAGGAUGAUGAAGAGAACUCAGUAGUCCACCAAGAAGAGGAAAUGGAACAAGACAGGAGCAGAUCUGUGUCACCAGCAGGGAGUGAAAGGUCAGCAAAAAGUGUGCGGUCAGCAAGCCCUGGCAGCUUGAAUGGCUCACCUCCUCACAGUCCCCCAGUUAGCAGGGAUGGGUCACCUGCACACAGCAGAAGCCCAGGAGGUAGCAGGUAAUAAUAGCAUGAAUGAAUGAGAAUGCUGCACCUCAAAUGAGGUAGAAGAUGAGUGUAUUAUGAAUCUUCAUAAAUGAGUGAAUUCCUCAUUUAAAUAUAUAUAUAUUUUUAAAUGGAGCAAUUAAUUCAAAAUAUAUGAAUAUUCACUAUUGGUCUUUUAUGCAGGUCACCCUCUCCUGGCCGAAGCAGAUCAGCAAGUCCAAUGUCAAACAAAAGUGGAGGAGGUAGCAACCCUGGUUCUCCCGGUAGCAAAGGACCACAUUCACCCCCACAUAGUGGACCAAACUCCCCAGCUGGUAGUGGACCUGCAUCUCCAGAAGGCAGCGGUCCUGCUUCACCUCCAGGAAGUGGACCUGCUUCACCUGCAGGCAGUGGACCUGCUUCACCUGCAGGAAGUGGUCCUGCAUCACCUGCAGGCAGUGGACCUGCUUCUCCUGCAGGCAGUGGUCCCGCUUCACCUGCAGGCAGUGGUCCCGCUUCACCUGCAGGCAGUGGUCCCGCUUCACCUGCAGGUAGUGGGCCUGCGUCUCCUGCUGGAAGCGGACCUGCCUCUCCUGCUGGAAGCGGACCUGCUUCUCCUGCAGGUAGUGGCCCACAAUCACCUGCAGGCGGUGAUCCUAGAUCACCAGAAUACAGCGGAGCAAGUGCCCCAGCUUCUCCUGCUGAAGGUCAAUUUUUAUAUUUGAAUAAUAAACUGUUUUACACAUUUAAAAAUGAUGAUAUAUUUUUUUUUUUUAAACAAUUGUUAUGGGAUUGUCAAAUUAAAAUAAUUAAAUAUAAGAAUCUUCUAAUUUCCUGAAUUAAACAGGCUUUUUAAAAAUCUCUAAAAAAAAUAUUUUUUUAAAAAAAUUCAGACAACUGUAAUUCAUUUAUCUAGCCAGAUAUAGAUGAUCAUUGAUCAUUGGAUUCUAAAAACAGUUUUAUCUCUUUCACUAUCUGCAGGUAGUUCUUCUGUCAGAAAAGAUAACCAACGGUCUCCCAGCCCAUUCUCCAGGGAUGCCAGCCCCGUGGCUUCUCCAACAGCAAAAGCUAGAAGCAGAUCCCGCAGCAGGUCAGGAUCCCGAAAUAGAUCCCGUAGUAGAUCUGGAUCUGGUAAUAGGUCACGCAGCAGAUCAGGAUCUCCUCAAAGGUCACGAAGUAGAUCUGGGUCUCCGAAAAAGUCAAGAAGUAGAUCGGGAUCGCCAAACAGAUCACGCAGUAGAUCGGGCUCUGCAAACAGGUCGCGCAGUAGAUCGGGAUCUCCAAAUAGGUCCCGGAGCAGAUCUGGAUCUCCAAAUAGGUCACGGAGUAGAUCAGGAUCUCCAAAUAGGUCACGGAGUAGAUCAGGCUCUGCAAAUAGGUCACGCAGUAGAUCAGGAUCGCCAAAAAGAUCACAAAGCAGAUCAAGGAGCAGAUCCCGUUCAGCAAACAGCGCCAAAAGUAGAUCUCGCAGCAGGUCAGGUUCUGCUAACAGUGCCCGCAGCAGAUCUCGUAGCAGGUCAAGAUCAGGUAAAUUAAUUAUGUUAUUUAAGUCAAGCUCGUUGGUGUGUGUGUGGAGUGUGUAUCAGAUGGAAAUAUGAUAUGUUAAAAUCGGAUAUCUCAGAACCCGUUUGACACAACCAAGGUAACGCGUAUUCCCUUGUCAUUUUGCUCUUCUAUUUCAUCUUUUGAGUAAAUAUGUUUGGUAGCCCUAUUUGCUCUGUUUUGUUUAAAUUCAUUUACUGAAGCAGAAUUAUUUGGAAUAUAGAUGAAGCUCACCAUGAAAAUCAUCGCAAGUAAACUGUCCUCAAGCUGAAAUUAUUGUUUAAAUCUUUGUUUUAUCAAUUUUAAUUUUUUACGUAACAAAAUAUCAUUCAAAGUUUGACCCUACAUUUGUUUUUUUUUUUUUUUUAAUGUUAUUUUAUGACUUAAAAUUUCAGGAAGCCCAAAAUCAGUCCGUUCAGGAAGAUCCGGUUCUGGAAGGGGCAGCCGCAGUAGAUCAGGUUUGAUUUUAUUUUGUAAUUGCUAAUACUUUCUUUAUCUAAAAUAUUGAUCAUGUUAGUUAAAGUGGGCAAUGAAUUUAAAGACUUACGGUGAGAUACCUUUUUGUUAUUUUCAUUUAUUAUAAAGAGAGAUUGAUACCUUUUUGUUAUUUUCAUUUAUUAUAAAGAGAGAUCAGCGUUUUUUAAAGAAGCUUUGAUUAUAAUAAGCAAGGGGCUUUUUAUUGCCAAUUAUUAUUAUCUAAUAUAAUUAUUUGUCACAUCCAGUUCACCAAACAUUUAUAUAUACUAAUAAUUCGUUUGUCACAUACAGGUCGCCAAACAUUUUCCCUUUCUUUUCCACUGUAUUUUUAAUAUUUUUUCAUUCAACAGGAAGUCCAAAGUCCCCCCCAGUGAGCCCUGUGGGGAGUGAUGAUGAAAUGUAAGUUUGUAGACUUUAGGUCAUCCUGUCCUAACCUCAUAGCUUAAGUUAGUUAUUUCUUCUAAGACGACUCUUGUUCACACUUUACUUUAGCUCUGCCGAUUGGCUACGUUCACAGUCGUUGAUUGCUUACACUUACACGUGAAGAUUUAGUUUUUAUUCUUGUUGUGAAUAAUCUGGUUUUUGGAUUUACAAAACAUUUCUAUUUUCAGUCCAAGAAAAAGAUCAAGAAAAAUCCAGUCCGAUGAUGAGGAUGAAGGAGGUAAUCAUUUUUAAGUUUGAGUGUUAUUUUUUUUUUUUGUUGUUCAAAUAAAAAAAAUGUAGUAAAUUAAUAACAUCUUGAUUGGAAAGUUGCAAUUCAGAGACCAUCCCCUUGUCUCUGGCCAGUUAUUUUUCUAAAUCUGCUGGUGUUGGGGGUUACACCAUUCUAAACUGCCAGAACUGUAUGAAACACUUGUGGGGUGUUAUUUGGUUCCUAAAGAUAAACAUUGGUUAGAUGUCCAUUUUAAUGAUUUAAAUGUCAAGACACUGCUCAGCCCCUAAAGGGUUGUGGCAUUGGGAAGGUUGAGAACCUCUGCUCUAAAGGGAAUCACAUUGUCAUGGUGCAAUAUGUGUCAACUGAGAAAAAAAUAAAAGUUAUUCCUACAUUCAUAUCUUUUCUUUUUUAAUUCUUCUUAGGAAAGGGCAGUGGCGAUGAGGGAGAAAAAGAGUAAGUUGGACCAAAUACUGUAUUCAAAUGGGAGAAAAAGAGUAAGUUGGACCAAAUACUGUAUUCAAAUGGGAGAAAAAGAGUAAGUUGGACCAAAUACUGUAUUCAAAUGGGAGAAAAAGAGUAAGUUGGACCAAAUACUGUAUUCAAAUGGGAGAAAAAGAGUAAGUUGGACCAAAUACUGUAUUCAAAUGGGAGAAAAAGAGUAAGUUGGACCAAAUACUGUAUUCAAAUGGGAGAAAAAGAGUAAGUUGGACCAAAUACUGUAUUCAAAUGGGAGAAAAAGAGUAAGUUGGACCAAAUACUGUAUUCAAAUGGGAGAAAAAGAGUAAGUUGGACCAAAUACUGUAUUCAAAUGGGAGAAAAAGAGUAAGUUGGACCAAAUACUGUAUUCAAAUGGGAGAAAAAGAGUAAGUUGGUCCAAAUACUGUAUUCAAAUGGGAGAAAAAGAGUAAGUUGGACCAAAUACUGUAUUCAAAUUCUUGAAAAUGACCAAUUGUUUUUAUAGUUUACAUAUAAUUACUGGUUGUCCUGUUUUGUGAAAACGAUGGCUUAUAAGGGUUUUUUUUUUUUGUGUAUGUUAUUUUAGUCUUCCAUUUUACUCACUUAAAAGCGGGGCGGGGUAUAAUGAUGAAAUACCAAACAGGAAAAAAUAUUCUUGGAUAAUUUCUAGUCCUAAAUUGCCUAGAAAGAAAACCCCCCCACUAAUUUCCUGGUUUGAUUUUCCAGGAAAGAUGAGUUGAUUGCGGACAUCUUUGGCUCAAGCGAUGAGGAUGAAGAGUUUGAGGGCUUUGAUGCCAGCGAGGUGCCCAAGAAGGAUAAGAAGAAAAAAUCUGGUAAAUUAAAGCUCAGUGUUUUCAUUAUUAAACUUUUGUCUUUAACUCUACCAUGGCACAAUGCCAUCUAUUGCCUUUGUUUUGUCUUUAACUCUACCAUGGCACAAUGCCAUCUUUUGUCUUUAACUCUGCCAGGUCACAAUGACAUCUAUUGCCUUUGUUUUGUCUUUAACUCUACCAUGGCACAAUGCCAUCUUUUGUCUUUAACUCUGCCAGGUCACAAUGACAUCUAUUGCCUUUGUUUUGUCUUUAACUCUACCAGGUCACAAUGCCAUCUAUUGCCUUUGUUUUGUCUUUAACUCUACCAUGGCACAAUGCCAUCUUUUGUCUUUAACUCUGCCAGGUCACAAUGACAUCUAUUGCCUUUGUUUUGUCUUUAACUCUACCAGGUCACAAUGCCAUCUAUUGCCUUUGUUUUGUCUUUCACUCUACCAUGUCACAAUGCCAUCAAAGUUUGCCAGUGAGGUGUAACUAAAAAUAUUUUAACUCUUGUAUGUCUGUCUCAGAACCUCAAGGCCUCCUUUAAAUUAUAUAAGUUUUUUUAUCUUUAUUGCUGAUGCAGACCUGUUUACCCCCACUCUUAAAAUCGUACAAUAUCAUCACAAAAUCGUUCAAUAAAUUAUCUUAAAAGUAAAAAAAAACCACAGUGUAUAUAAUGGAUACACCUAAAAAUCGUACAUUGCACGCCAAAAUUGUAAGAGUAAUAAGGUCUGCUGAUGAGAAUAUACAUGAAUAUGGCAAACACCUGUAUUUCUUGUUAUAUCUUCAUUUGACCUUUCUGCUGAGGAAGGCUGUUAGCUGUCUUUCUUUUUCAAGCUUCCAAAUACCUUGUUCUUCUAUUUUAAGAUUUAUUUAUUUUUAAAGACCUUGUUUUAAUGCACUCAAAAUAUUUGAAAUGUUCUGUUCUGAAGACCGGUUAGUCACAAAUUUAUUAUAUUAUUAUUAUUAUUAUUUCAGUGGUCUUAUAUAGCGCGUACCCCAGCCUAGGGCUGGGCUCACCGUGCUUCACAUAAAAAUACUAGCGAACAUAAUCAUGACAUUAAUUUAUAGAAAAAUAAGCUUUUCAGCUGACUUUAAUCUUGUCGCUUUACCAUCUCAGGAAUAAAAUCUGAUGAUGAAGAUGACCAAGGAGCAUCUGGAUUACCAGACGAGGGCGGGGAUGAACCAGCUCCAGAUGGCGACGGAUCAGACGAUGAGAACAUGGAUGAGGCAAGGAAAAGUGGUGACGGGUGAGUGCCGGCUGAUUAAACCUAAAGAAAAUUCCCAGCAGCACCUGAAACUCGUCAUUUGAAUCUGUAGCAAUGCAGUGCAGCCUUGGAUUGCGAUCAUACUUCAUUACGGAAAUGUAUGAUCCACAGCACUUGUAGUUUAAAGGUCAUUGUUGCAGUGCAGUUUCCAGCGGUCACUGUUGUUGUUAUUCGUCCGUCGAAGUUGACAAGGACCAUCGAGUCAUCCGGUUAGGGAGAGGGUGUGUUAUGGUGAGCUUGUAGGUGGCUUGCUAGACCGAUCCGUGCUAGGAAUAAUUUCUGGCACCGCGGGCAGGGGAUAGUUGCUGCAGUGCAGGUUGUGUGAAAAUGAUUCAAUUUCUUGUCGUGACACUGGUAGACUGUCCACGUUUCACAUCCGUAGAGCAGUGUCGGGAGGACUGCUGCACUGCAGGCACUACACUUGGACACACCACACAAAUGGCUCUUAGUGCUCACUAGUCACCUGUAUGUGCUUGCCCAAAUGUUGAAAAUACGAUAAGGGCACACCGAGUGCUAUCAUGCGGGGGGGGGGGGGUUUUUUCAUCGGCUGAGUUGUGAUCAUGUGAUGCUUGGCAGACAUAGCUUGUUGGACAUUUUUAUAGCAAGUCAAAAUGUAUUUUUAAAUUAUUUUCAAAUUACUCAAAAACCAACUUACUGACAAUAUGAGGUUUAAGAAUUUAAAGCACGCAAACAUACACACAAACAUACACAUUUUGAUUCAUUGAAAUGAAGAGUUCUUUCUUUGUCAUUACAGGAUGUUUGUUUCUGACUUUGAUCUGAUGAUGGCCAAGAAGAAGGAAGAGAUGCAGAGGCAAAGGAGAAAAAGAAAGGAUGUCGAUCUGAUCAACGACAAUGACGACCUGAUUGCAGAUCUCAUAGUCAAGAUGAAAGAAGCUGCCAAUGUAGGUCUAACGUUCAAUUUUAAAACACCCGCUUUUAACACUAGUCAACUAAUUGUAAGAAUGUUGGACGGCGGUGCAGCUUUCGCGUAGAUCAAUUAGACGCAAACAAUUUGUGUACAUUAAACAAUGUAGGUUCAGCUUUAAUAAUUAUGAUUACACAGAAUAAAAAUGUAAUCGUUUUGGCAAAUGCCUUCUUCAGUACAACAAGAAACAUUCAUAUAUAUAUAUAUAUAUAUAUUUAUAUAUAUAUAUAUAUAUAUAUAUAUAUAUAUAUAUAUAUUAUAUAUAUAUUUUUGGCAAAUGUCUUCUUUAGUACAACAAGAAACAUUUAUAUAUAUAUAUAUAUAUAUAUUUAUAUAUAUAUAUAUAUAUAUAUAUAUAUAUAUAUAUAAAUUAAAUUUAUACAAGUUAGCUAAUCUUAUAAAAAGUAAAUUAAAGCAGGAUUAAACCAAAUAUAAUCUUUGUUUAUAUAUUGCUUUAUGAACUUCUUCACGGUUCUAAAGUGUUGAAAUAAUAACAAUAGAUUUUAUCCAUUUAAUUUAGCUGCAAAAUAUGCUCUAUUUUUCUAUUCAUCAAACGCACUUUGACUAUUUAAUUUGUUUCAGUUCUCUCAGUGCAAUGCUUUUCAAAGAAAAUUUUUCCCUUGAAUCUCUCAAUGACGAGCUCAUUUUCAAAACAAUCCACUUUUUGUUUGACAGCAUGACAGAGAACUAAAUCAAAAGAAGGAAGUUUCCGUCAAAAAGAUCAAGAUGCUGCCUUACGUCGUCAACCAACUCAAGAAAUCAGACCUCCACGGGAUAUUCCUGGAGUCUGGCAUCCUAAGUGCCAUGACGGUGAGUUCCCUUUUUCUUCCUUACCAUGUUAACCUAAUUGAACUGUUGAUAUUAUCUGCUACAAUGACGUGAGAUAUUUAACCCUUUACGGGGCAGAGGUACUUCCUCUUGCAUGUCCUGAACGGGCACCACUUUUCCGUUUUUUAGUAAGAUUUACGGGUUACGUUACAAAAAAAAACAAAUCUAAGGUUUUAGUCAACAGAUUUGUGUGAAAUAAAAAAAUCAAAAUCAAGGAAAAUGAAUGCAGGUUGAUGAGUGUACUCACAUGUUGCCAUUAAUCCUCAUAUGAACACAAAUAUUUGCAAAAACAACAUAUUAUUUGUGAUUGUGAGUCAUGUAUUUACUAUUUACAAACACUGCCACAAAAUCGAAGUUUGUAAAAUUCAACACUGCUUACUAACACUGAUUUCAUUAAUAUUACUAAUAAUAUAAACAUCUAGUUCCAAUUUACAGUCAAUUCGUGCACUUGAAUGUCACUUUAAUUGAAUCCAGCGAAAUUUCCGCUAUCACUUGAAUAAUCGUCAAAUAAUCGGCAAAAUCCAUUUCGAAAAAAAAAAAUUUUAAACCCCUAAAACUAAAAAAAAAAAAGGAUUAAAUACUUGUAACUGGCACCUACUCUAUUUAGCUAUCGGAAAAACCGGAUGUAAACAAUAGGAAGUUUCGCAAAGCCUCGGAGGUCAAGAGAAAACAACACUAGGUCGUCACGGACGCUUUUGGGCGUUUUGGCCAUUAAGUGGUUAAGACGUUUUCGGCCGCUCUGCCCCGUAAAGGGUUAAAAAAAUCUCCAAACCUUUGAUUCCUUGUUAAGCAAUGGAGCGGUGUGUUAAGUGAAAAGAUGAGUGUACACAUGGAUAGGGUGGGUAUUCAUGGGGUGGAUAAACUAAAGGAAGUGCUCAUAGCACGAAAUGAAGUGUUCAUAGUAUGAAAUGAAGUGUUCAUAGUAUGAAAUGAAGUGUUCAUAGCAUGAAAUGAAGUGUUCAUAGCAUGCAAUGAAGUACAAUAGCACUAAAUGAACAAUAGCACUGAAUGAAGUGUUCAUGGAACUAAAUGAAGUGAUCAUAGCACUUAGGAAGUGUUCAUAGCACCUUUAAAAACUCUAUUCCUGAAAGAAAGAAAACCCUCUUGAUAAUGAUUGGUCAAUGGAGAGCACGUCUUGAAGCUUGCAUUGAAGCUAAUUGUGGAAACUUCAAACACAAAAUGUAGUUUUAAAGAAUUUAACUUUGUUUUAGAAUUAAAAUGUGUUUAGUAAUUUUAAAAAAAUAAAUAUUGUGUUCUUUUUUUUUACACACUAUAUAUAUAAUAUAUAUAUAUAUAUAUAUAUAUAUAUAUAUAUAUAUAUAUAUAUAUAUAGUAAGAUGUACGUGUAUAUAUCUAGUAUAUAAUUUUAUUUUAAAUUUCACCAUUUCAUCACUUUAUUGCAAAUGUUAAUUUUAUUACUCGAAUCUUCCUCUCACUGUCAGUGGCUUUUAAAGUAUGUUCAUUCAUUCUUGUCCCUAGGAAUGGCUGGCUCCUCUUCCUGACAAAAGUUUACCACAUCUCAGUAUUCGUGAACAUUUUUUACGUAUAUUACAGCAGGUAAGUUUAGUCUUGUCUUUCAUAACUUGUUAACAUUUUUUAACACUUAAAUGGCCGUGUCCUGUACAAUUUUGUAAAAUCUGUAUGGGCAGCACUUUUAAGAUUUCUUGAGGUGAUUCAUUUUCUACAUUAUUUAAAUUUAGCUGCAAUGUGAGAAAGUUUAAAGAAAAUAUUUUUAAGUUAAAAACAUAACUCAAAAAUGUUAGACAAAUGGGGAAGAAACCAUUUGACAUAUUAAAGCAUAAAAUUAGAUAGAACAAAAUUAUUUUUAAAAAGCAGAAAAUUAACCACAUUCUGCAUUAGCUUUUUGAAAUUUAUUUCUAAAUAAAGAAGAAAAUUUGAGCCUUAUAAUCAGAAGCAAAUCUAGUUAUGGAAUUUUUGUGAAGAAAACUGGUUAGGGAUAAAGUUAUGAAUUUUUUGGUAAAGAAAACUGGUCAGGGAUAAAGUUAUGAACUUUUGUGAUAAAGAAAUCAAAACUGGUUAGGGAUAAGUUAUGAAUUUUUUGGUAAAGAAAACUGGUCAGGGAUAAAGUUAUGAACUUUUGUGAUAAAGAAAUCAAAACUGGUUAGGGAUAAAGUUAUGAACUUUUUUUAUAAAGAAAUCAUAACUGGUUAGGGAUAAAGUUAUGAACUUUUGUGAUAAAGAAAUCAAAACUGGUUAGGGAUAAAGUUAUGAACUUUUGUGAUAAAGAAAUCAAAACUGGUUAGGGAUAAAGUUAUGAACUUUUGUGAUAAAGAAAUCAAAACUGGUUAGGGAUAAAGUUAUGAACUUUUGUGAUAAAGAAAUCAAAACUGGUUAGGGAUAAAGUUAUGAACUUUUGUGAUAAAGAAAUCAAAACUGGUUAGGGAUAAAGUUAUGAAUUUUUGUGAUAAAGAAAACUGGUUAGGUAUAAAAUUAUGAAUUGUAGUAAAUAAAGCGGGUUGAUGUUAAAGUUAUGAAAUGUUGUGAAUAAAAUUGGGUAGGGAUAAAAUUAUGAAUUAUAGUAAUUUAAGCUGGCUGGGGGAAAAGUUAUGAAAUGUAUUAAAAAAACUGAAUUGGAAUAAAGUUAUGAAAUGGAUUCCUAAGUUAUUUAUUAAAAGAAUUUUUUUUAAAUUGUUGCGACUAGGAUAAGUAUAGAAAGAAAGGCUCAUGAUGAAAGUAUGUUUUUAAAAGAUAAAUUAGGAAUGCAUGAGUGUACAUGAAAAUAAACUGGAAAGGAAAUGUUCAAAGAAUUUUGUAACAAACUGCUCAGUGAGAUGAUUGCAAAAACAAAGAAAUCUGUUUAGUCCGGACAAGUCCCACAUGGCUCUUAUAAUGUGAUGGCAUCACCAAAGCGAUUUUGUAGUUUUUAGUACAUUUGUCAGUUGACAUUGACAGCUAACACUGGCAGGCACUGGUACAUUAUAUUUUGGCAGUUUCGUUUUUUCUACAGUGGAGACACACUUUUGACAGUUUGACAGCCCUAGUUUAGGUUUUCUUCGUCAGCUUUACACAAAAAUAAAAUAUAUAGAAAAAAUAGCAGUAAAUAUUACAAUUUAAAAGGAAAAUUAAUUUUUUGUCUUGAGUAUUUUAAUUCAGCGGAUUCUAGUUUAUUCCAGCCAUUGCUUGCGUCCUAUUAUGUAUUAUUUUUAAAUGUAAAAUCUUUAUAUUUAUGUAAUAGGGUCGUAGUACUAAGGUACGUCCUAGUGUCAACAGAAAUCUGUGAGUGGAAGAAUACAAAAUUAAUCUUGAAUUGUUUUCAAGGUGCUAGAAUCCUACGCUUCAAGUCGUACUCGGAAUUAAAUUUGAGUUGCUAAAAUUAAAAUUAAUUUUUAAGAAAAUUGUUUACAGUUUCCAUCCAUACAUGGUGACAUGCUCAAGUCUAGCGGCAUCGGCAAAGCCAUCAUGUACCUGUACAAACAUCCCAAGGAAAUCAAAGAAAACAAAGUCAUCGCCGGGAAAUUGAUCAGUACGUCUCUUUAAUAAUUUUGUGGGGGGUUUUUUUGUUUUUGUUUUUUCUUGAAACAUUGAAUGAGGGUGUUAUAUUUUUAUUCGUAUUUUUAUUAUUAUUAUUUCCUUUUUAAUAUUGGAUUUGAAAACUUUAUGUUAACGGUUAUUCUUGUCUUGUAGUAAGUCUUUGAGCCUAGUUCAUACUCCUCUCAUGAAAUAAUAAUAAUUAAUACAUUAUUUCAAUGAAAUUAAUUAAAGCCGUGACAAUAGUAAACUCUGAAAGUUGCUUUUAUAUGAUCCUAGUUAACAUCCGUUGAAUAUUUUUGUUGAUUGUAAACAUUCUUUUCUAAAUAAUGCAGUUAUCUUUUCUUUAUUUGACUUAAUGUAGUACUAGAUUAUAAGAGCUAUGUAGUUUUGAAAGACUGUCGCCAUGGUGUAAACAAAUGCCUUCUUCUUGCAGAUGAGUGGUCACGCCCUAUAUUUAACUUGACGUCCAACUACAAAAACUUGUCAAAAGAAGAAAGAGAACAGAGAGAUUAUGAGCAGUUGCCCAAGAAGCGUAGAACCAGGUACUAACACUCUUUGAGCAAAUUUAAUGUUUAGACCAAAUUUCCCCCCGAGGUAAAUGACACUUGAAAUAGAGGUGUGGAGGCAUUUCUACUGAUUGGCUGUUGUUACAUUUCUGUCGAUUGCAUCAUUUUAGAGUUUUUAUUUCAUUUUGAAACUUGAUUUUGUUAAAAAUAAAAAAAUUACUGGCAUAAACGUAAGGCUGUUGUUACAUCCCGUCAGAGUUAAGAGUGAAUGAUUUUCUCAUCAGGGGCACAUUUCAGAUAUUUUUACCCAUCUCAACUGAAUCCAUGGCGUACAAUAAUAAAGAACAAUAUACUCACUUCUAUUGAAAUCUAUUGAUUAAAAUUGCCACACAAAAAAAAGAACUGUUCUGUGAAAUAAUAUAUUUUUUUCUUUUUUUUUUAAAUAUGUGUAAUUCUAAGAAUUUAAAAAAACUAUUUCAGCUUGGAAGGUGGACAGACGCCGAAACGUGAUAUUGACAAGGCGUUGACAGGAGAGAAAAAGUUGGUUCCAUUUUUUUCACAUCAUUUUAAUUUUAGAUUGAUAAAUGACUGGGAAGUUAGACACAUCAUUGUGUUUCACUGAGAGGAGUUGAUUGAUGUAACCAAAUUAUGCACACAUGUGUUUUAUUUGAAAGUGCAGUGCACAAAAUGUUGGUACUUUUUAUGUUAACUCUUUCGCUGCAGAAUUUUUUCAUCCAAAAAAUGUACAUUUUUUUCGAAGAGCGGAAAAAGUGUGAGAGGUUGGGUUUUUUUUUUAAAUAUUUAAAAUAUUAUUCUUUGGUUUAUAAGACUAAACUUAGUAUCAAAUGAAAGGUAAUUAAAAGGACUAUAUAUUUGUACACUAGUUUAUACAGUUUAAAAAAAAAUAAGUUACAUGAAAGGACCAUAAAAUGUGAAAAUAUUUUAUGCUGAACCAUUUUUCCCCAAACCCAACGAUGUACGCAUACCUCAUCUUCAAUUCUAUAACUCAAUUCCUCUAAAACUACUACCAUCGGAAUCAUGCGAUGCAUCUAAAUAUAAAUCAUCUUCGCUGUCAAAAGAACUAUUAUAAAACAAUUUCAAAGCUUUUUUAACUGUUAAUCGUCUAGGAAACUUACCUACUAGAGCCUAGGGUAGGCAUAGCAACAGUAAAAAAAAAAAAAACGCGAAGAAAAUCGUCAAAAUAAUGCUUCAAUUGACAAUAAAUAAGCCUUGGUUUCGAUUGUAAACAAUGAAGUACCACUCUUCUAUGUAAAAGUCUUAUUUAAAAAUAGCUCUUAAAAAGUUUAACCGAGAAAUAUCAAAGAAAGAAACAUGAUAUUGAAACAACGCACAGCGCGUUGGUCCGUGCUUUUGAGAACGGCGGAAGAACGCAUUGAAAGAGUUAACUUAUUUGAAUUUAGUCAGUUGUCCACCUUAAAAAUCAAAGAGCAGCGAAGAAUAAACAGUAGUAUGAUAUAAUAGAUUCAAUGAAGCACUUGCUAGAGCUUUUCUGUUGGGUGUAAACAGAUGUAUGUUGUGUAGAUGGACAUAAGUCAUGUAAGCACAUGUAGGUCAUGUAAGCAGAUGUAUGUCAUGUAAACCUAUGUAGGUCAUGUAAGUGGAUUAAAGUCAUGUAAGCAGAUGUAUGUCAUGGGAAGGAAUACAUCAGUAUUUAACAUAAAACUGGCCAUGAUGAUAGAAGUGCAGCGUCUGAUCAAUCCAUGUGAUUUGAUGAUUGUCAUCUAAAGGCAAAGCUUAAUGGGUAAUCAUUCUUCUAAAAUGAAUUGGGUAGUCCGAGGCCUUGUCAAUCACCCAGUCCGAAGCCCUGUCAAACACCCAGUCCGAGGCCCUGUCAGUCACCCAGCCCGGGGCCUUGUCAAGCACCCAGUCCGAGGCCCUGUCAAUCACCCUGGCCAUUAGUUUGGUAAAACAAAAUUAUUCACCCAGCACCCGAUACUCAUCAAAGUGACCACCGCAGAACAUGGCCCUCUGUAACAGACCCUUCCCAGAGAGGCAAGACAGAUGUAAUUUUGCGGUAAAUCUGGAACAUGUAUCUCGUGUACACACCUGAAGCCCUGCCAAACAGAACAGAGCAGAACGUAACAUAUUUUUAUAUUUUUCUUCUGUGUAUACCUCUGCACUUUUCGUAAUUGUCACCAUCUGAAGUAAGAGACACGUGACAUAUUCCUGCGCUGAAUCCAGGUCCUGGCAUAUUACUACACAGAAUUAUAGUGCCUGGGAUAAGCUUGGCUCAUCACCAGCCACACUGACAACAUGCAGAUGAGCAAGCAAUCGUUUCGGCAAUAUUACUUCCCAUCUGAAUGAAAAGAAAUAGAACAAAAUAAUUAUAACUUUUUAAAAAUAUGAUCAACAAUCACAAAGCUAUUGUGGAAUUUUUCAAGAAAUAAAUUAAAGGAAUAUAUUGGUAGUCAGGAAUCAAAGUUCAAUUUUUACAUACAUUACGUGGGGAAACAAUAGCAACACUUUAUGUUAUCACUCAAGCUGCCUCUUAGAAGUUUUCAUUCAUUGAGGUUCAAAAAUAUCUCUCACCCUAUUGAAAUUUGUAUUCUGGUCAGUUGCAUAGCGGGGUUUAGAGCAGUUCUAUGUUUUCAGUUGUAUGUUUUCCCUUGCCAAACAUGGUACCAUCUCUACUUUUCUUGACAGAGCUCUACGUCCCGGUGAUCCAGGCUGGGUGUACCGUGCACGUGUCCCCCUCCCGUCAAACAAAGAUUACGUCGUAAGACCCAAGGCCAGCUCAGAAUAUCAGCCUCCUCAGAAGGUGAGUUAUUGUUUUUUUAAUGGGAACAUCAUCGUAAGUCGGUGGGGGCCCCGGGCUUUAUGGCACCAGGGACUGGUUUUGUGGAAGGGAAGACAAUUUUUCACAGAGUGCGAGCAGGGUGUUUUGGAUUCAAUUUGGAGUGCUCUCCAGUUCAUAACUAAUAGGCCACAUACCUAUGGUUGUGUUUUCCUGACCUAAAAAAAGUUCAUAGCUUAAGUUUAAAAAAAAGAUUCUCACAUUAACACCAGAGGUGAAAACAUUUUUCAUAAGCAGGCAAUAAUUAAAAAUUUUGUCAUUAUUUUUUUUCCCUUUCAAAUUUCUUUACUAUUUUGUCUGCAGAGUUCCUCUAAAAAAGAUAUUGGCCGCUACGAGAAACACAAGCGGGCGUUUAUGGAGAGAAAGAAAUUCUCCAAAACGAUGAAGGCUGUGACCAUAAGUAUCGAGGGCCGUAACAUGGCCUUGUGA